AUGCAGCCUCCUGCCUCCAACCUCUCCCUCUUCAGUCCGUCCGCCUUCCUCCUGCUGGGGAUCCCUGGGCUGGAGUCGCUCCACACCUGGCUGGCUCUGCCCUUCUUCUCCAUGUACCUGAUGGCCGUCCUUGGGAACUGCAGCAUCCUCUUGCUCAUCAAGACUGACCCGAGGCUCCACCAGCCCAUGUACCUCUUCCUCUGCAUGCUGUCCUUCACCGACCUGGUCCUCUCCACCUCCGCCCUGCCCAAGAUGCUGGCCAUCUUCUGGUUCGGGGCUGGACACAUCAGCUUCAGUGCCUGCCUGGCCCAGAUGUUCUUCAUCCACUCCUUCACGGCCAUGGAGUCCGGCUUCUUCCUGGCCAUGGCCUUUGACCGCUAUGUGGCCAUUUGUAAACCACUGAGGCACACCAGCAUCCUCACCGGUGCCCGCAUUGCCACGAUCGGUGGGGCGGUGGUGGCCCGGGGGAUGGUGUUCUUCUCCCCACACCCCUUCCUGGUGGGGCAGCUGCCUUUCUGCAAGAGCAAAGUCAUUGCCCACAGUUACUGUGAGUUCAUGGCUGUGGUCAAGCUGGCCUGUGCGGACACGGCCAUCACAAAAGCAUACAGCCUGACGGUGGCCUCCCUUAUCGGAGCCCUGGAUGUCCUCUUCAUUGCGCUGUCCUAUGGCCUGAUCCUGCGCACUGUCUGCCACCUGCCCUCCAAACAGGCCGGCCUCAAGGCGCUGGGCACCUGUGGCUCCCACAUCUGCGUCAUCCUUGUUUUUUACACCACAGCUGUCUUCACAUUCCUCACCCAUCGCUUCAGUCAUGGCAGCAUCCCCCGUCAUGUCCACAUCGUCAUUGCCAACGUCUACCUUCUGGUGCCCCCGACGCUGAACCCCAUCAUCUAUGGAGUGAGGACAAAGCAGAUCCGUGAGCGGGUGCUGCGGGGGCUCCACUUUCGGAAAAGUGUCUGA